CUUUUCUAUCUUCCAUGAGGGUCACACGGGGCUGUGAGUUUCUCAAAAGCAUCCCGAUCCCAAUGUUGGAAUCUGAAUGGAUGGGCUACAUAACCUUCAAACGUGAGAGAGACAAGCGAAAGGGGCAUGAGAGCCCGCGCGAGAGAGACAAGAUUGGAGAGAGCAAGAGAGAGCGAGAGUAUCACGGUUGUAUUUUGGUGCAGGUUACAACAGCUCAAUGGAGAUUUUUGUGGUUUGUGUUCAGUACCUUGCACUGUGAAAAACAUACAGUAGGGUAAGGGCUACUUUCAACCAACAUAGUAUGAAGCCGUGGAUUCCAACUGUUCGCAAUUUCAGAAACAUGCAGAAAGGCUCUGAUCAUCGCCGCGGUCAGACAGUAUAGUCCUGACCAUACAGAACGUCAGAGGAAAAAACAAUGUCCUUCAUCGCUGCGUCUGGUCGGGGGCGUUCAUUUCUGCCGGAGCUGAAUCGAUGCGCCAGCGAUGUUUAGAAGCCGACAGGACCCACCAGACCAAUACCGGCUUCAGAAUAAUUUAUUGCCGUUGACCGACUAUGUUUUAUGCUGUGUGGACAUAGCAGUGUUCACCAUUGGAGUCGGCUAGUGACAGCUAGCUCUCCUGCGGUAUUAGGUUAUCUCGCACUGCAAAUGGUCAUCAUUGGAUUGGAUCUGCCUUGCUUCCAGCCGCCAAACCGUUGCUGAAGGAUGCAGGUGAAAAAUCAGAUCUGUACCGAGAGGAGUACCGAAGACCCCGAACACGACGAUAACCAGAAGAAGACUUCAUGUUUUUCUAAUAUCAAAAUAUUCCUAGUGUCGGAAUGUGCGCUGAUGCUGGCACAGGGCACGGUUGGCGCGUAUCUGGACACAGAUUGGCGGCACGCUGUGUUUCUCUUCCAGGUGAGUGUUCUGACCACGCUGGAGCGGCGCUUCAACCUCCAGUCCGCCGAUGUGGGCGUCAUCGCCAGCAGCUUCGAGAUCGGCAACCUGGCCCUCAUCCUGUUUGUCAGCUACUUCGGUGCCAAGGCCCACCGCCCACGUCUGAUUGGCUGCGGGGGCAUCGUCAUGGCGCUGGGUGCCCUGCUCUCCGCCCUGCCAGAGUUCCUGACGCACCAGUACGAGUACGAGGCCGGGGACGGCUGGCACGCGGAGGAUGGUCGGGACGUGUGCUCCAACAUGACCAGGACCGAAGGCAGAGACUCCGCCUUUCUCUGUGGGAACAAGUCCAACACCAAUAUGAUGUACCUUCUGCUGAUAGGAGCCCAGGUACUGCUGGGCAUCGGGGCCACGCCUGUACAGCCUCUAGGGGUCUCCUACAUAGACGACCACGUUAAGAGGAAAGACUCCUCCCUCUAUAUAGGCAUUGUGUUCUCCACGCUGGUGUUUGGGCCGGCCUGUGGCUUCAUAUUAGGAUCACUCUGUACCAAAGUUUACGUGGAUGCUGUGUUUAUCGACACAAGUAAGCUGGACAUCGGCCCUGAUGACCCUCGGUGGAUUGGGGCGUGGUGGGGGGGCUUCCUGCUCUGCGGUGCCUUACUCUUCGUCUCCGCCCUCUUCAUGUUCGGGUUUCCCCAGUCCCUGGACGAGCAGGAUGGGGACAGCGGCGGGGGGGAGAGCGAGCAGGCCAUGCUGCCCCAGUCCCUGUCCGGGGAUUACGAGGGGAGCCGGGGCGCUAACGGAGCCAUUCACAGCCUGGAGGCCAACAGCGGCCUGACCUGCUGCCAGCACCUCCGAGUCAUCCCCAAGGUGACUAAGCAUCUCCUCUCCAACCCUGUGUUCACCUGCAUUUCGCUGGCGGCCUGCAUGGAGAUCGCCGUGGUUGCGGGCUUCGCUACCUUCCUAGGGAAGUAUAUGGAACAGCAGUUCAACCUCACCACCUCCUCAGCCAAUCAGCUGCUAGGCAUGACGGCCAUUCCAUGUGCGUGUCUUGGAAUCUUCCUGGGCGGCCUGCUGGUCAAGAAGUUAGACCUGUCAGCGUUAGGGGCCAUCCGCAUGGCCAUGGGGGUCAACCUGGUCUCCACUGCCUGUUACGUCUCCUUCCUGUUCCUCGGCUGCGACACUGGCCCCGUCGCUGGGGUUACCGUAGCCUAUGGCAACGAGACCCUGCGGUCCUGGCAGAGACCAGAGCACACCUGCAUCAACAGCUGUAACUGCUACACGGCCUCGGUCAGCCCCGUCUGUGGCUCCAAUGGUGUCACCUACCUCUCAGCCUGCUUCGCUGGCUGCCUCAAACCUAACCUGACUAGCUGCACCUGCAUCAGCAGUAAGGAGGAGGAGGCGGUGGCGUUGCCAGGGAAAUGCCCAUCGCCAGGCUGUCAGCAAGCCUUCCUCACCUUCCUUUGUGUCAUCUGUGUGUGCAGCAUGAUCGGAGCCAUGGCCCAGACCCCCUCUGUCAUCAUACUCAUCAGGACAGUGAGUCCGGAGCUGAAGUCCUAUGGUCUUGGAGUUCUCUUCCUCGGAUUGAGACUACUAGGCUUCAUCCCACCCCCUCUGAUAUUCGGGAUGGGCAUCGACUCCACCUGCCUGUUCUGGUCUACAGUCUGUGGAGACAAGGGUGCCUGUAUGCUCUAUGACAACGUGGCCUACAGACACCUCUACGUGGGUAUUGCCAUCGCUCUCAAAUCCAGCGCCUUUGUCCUGUACGCCACAACCUGGCAGUGUCUCCGCACCAACUAUAAGAAAUACAUCAAAAACAAUGAAGGCUACCUGACUCCCACAGAGCUGUUUGCCUCCAGCAUGACCCUGGAUAACCUGGGCAAGGAGAUCGCCCAGAACCCUGGCAACCGGACAAAGUUUAUAUACAACCUGGAGGAGCAGGAGAUGAGUGAUAACAUGGAGUCCGUUUUAUAGUGUCUCCUUGACCAGGGGGAGGGAUGAAACUUGACCGACUGACUGAGGGACAAAUUGACUGUCUGUCUGGCCAGCUGACGGACUGAGUGCCUAACGAAUGAUUGACUGAAUGGUUUGAUGGCUGACUGACUGACUUAUUGACUGACGGACUGGCUGGCUGACUGCUCUCAUCUUCACAGACACAAAUGCUAUUCACUUAAAGGACCAUUGCUCUUUAUUCAUGUACAGAUAUUUCUGAUUAGGCAACAAUGCGUCGGUUUGUCUUUCAGUCAGACAGCAUCUGCUUGUUAUUUCUGUCUGUUAACAUAUCAAAGUAAAACAUCAACCAGUCCCAAUGAGCAUAUGAAUAACAUAACUACAACAUUAGAAAUUAAUCCUGCUUGUGAUUGUCUUUGAUCCUAGUUUUUGGAAAUCUUCCAUGUUAAGAAUGGGCUAGAUUAAGUGUCUAGUACAUUUAAUUUGAAAGACAGGUUUACCAGCAGUCUAGUGGUUAGAAUGAAAGAUAUAUUAAAGGUAGUAAUGAGAUAAAGUAAAUGGGAGGCAGUAGUAACAUAUGUUAAUGGUUGUAGUAUGAUACAUUGAAGGUAGUCAUAAGAUACAGCAUAUUGAUGGUAGUGCUAAGCCCUAUGGAUAGAUCCUCUCCAGACAUUAAUAAAGACCCAAAUUUAAUCUGUUUUAUAGUAUAGUAGUAAGUAACAUAAUUUUCAUGUAGAAUAAUGUGGCAAUACACGGCUUUACUUACUGUACUGUCAUGUAGAGUAAUGUUACUUUACUGUCAUGUGGUGUCAUUUUAUUUUACUGUAAUGUGAAGAAAUGUUACUUUACUGUCAUGUAGAGUAAUGUUACUUUACUGUCAUGUGGUGUCCUUUUAUUUUACUGUUGUGUGAAGAAAUGUUACCUUACUGUCAUGUAGAGUAAUGUUACUUUACUGUCAUGUAGAGUAAUUUUACUUUACUGUCAUGUAGUGGAAUGUUACUUUACUGUCUUGUGGUGUCCUUUUAUUUAACUGUUGUGUGAAGAAAUGUUACCUUACUGUCAUGUAGAGUAAUGUUACUUUACUGUCAUGUAGUGGAAUGUUACUUUACUGUCAUGUAGAGAAUUUUUACUUUACUGUCAUGUAGUGGAAUGUUAGCAUAUUUAUAAACAUUGCCGCACAAUAUCGCUGCACAAUAUUCAGAGAUCAUUACCUUAACUGUUUUGACACUCAACAACAAACCCUUUCUUCCCUCUUUUAAAAUCCACCAAUUACGUCUCUGGCACAGAGUUUCCGGGAGAUUUCUGAGAAUUAGUUGUUGUCAGGGGAACGCUGUUGUUUCCAGGAGCCAAUUUAAAAAUGCUGCAACCGUGGCAGCCACUGAUACUAUUAUUUUGACGACAAAGCAUGCAGAUUACGCAUGUAAAGAUAUAUGCAUAGAAUGACGUGCACGGACACGGAGGACGCAAACGACUCGCCAAGGGUUGAAUCUACACCAAACUGUUACUAGCCAGCAGUUAUGUGAAAUGCAGCUGAGAAGGCUUUAUAAUGCAUACCGAUGUGAUAAUGACCCAACAGGUCUCUAACAAAUGCAGACCUUGUCUCGCAAAGACGACAGUCUGGCUUCCUGAUCCCAGGACACACAUUUCAUAGUCACCUGUGUUUUGGUACAUGCCUCUGCAGUUAAACGGUCGGAAUGUAGAGAGGUUGACUCAUGUUUAGUUUAAGAGUGCUACACACUGUCUUUUUUUAAGAUCCCGGACAUUUAUUCAAAUUGUCUAGCUACCUACCGCUGAGACACAUUUUGGUUUCAGCUUUUGGAUGGCCACUCAGACUGACGCACAGUGGGACUAUCAGCUUACGUUGAUAUGGUCAGAUCGUAGUCGUCUGUACGUCAUAGUAGAUCAUAAUCUUCCUAACGCCAGUGUGUUUGUGCUGUCAUGCUAAUUUAUUGAAAUCCCAGCCAUGAUUGGCGAGAACCCAAAUAGUGAGGCAGCCGAGCUCAGAAAUCCUACUGGAUGGUGAGGGAACAGUAGACGUGAUGUCAUUUUAUCUGCGUGUCGCAGGUCCGGCGUGAGUAAAAGUGACUGCAGUUCAGCUACCCAGAGUAUAGACUGAUAUAGGACCAUUCUGGUAGGUCCGAGUGACAGGGCCCUUAGACUGAUAUAGGACCAUGCUGGUAGGUCAGAGUGACAGGGCCCAUAGACUGAUAUAGGACCAUGCUGGUUGGUCAGAGUGACAGGCCCCAUAGACUGAUAUAGGAUCAUGCUGGUCGGUCAGAGUGACAGGGCCCAUAGACUGAUAUAGGACCAUGCUGGUAGGUCAGAGUGACAGGCCCCAUAGACUGAUAUAGGACCAUGCUGGUAGGUCAGAGUGACAGGCCCCAUAGACUGAUAUAGGACCAUGCUGGUAGGUCAGAGUGACAGGCCCCAUAGACUGAUAUAGGACCAUGCUGGUCAGUCAGAGUGACAGGGCCCAUUGACUGAUAUAGGACCAUGCUGGUAGGUCAGAGUGACAGGGCCCAUAGACUGAUAUAGGACCAUGCUGGUUGGUCAGAGUGACAGGCCCCAUAGACUGAUAUAGGAUCAUGCUGGUCGGUCAGAGUGACAGGGCCCAUAGACUGAUAUAGGACCAUGCUGGUAGGUCAGAGUGACAGGCCCCAUAGACUGAUAUAGGACCAUGCUGGUAGGUCAGAGUGACAGGCCCCAUAGACUGAUAUAGAACCAUGCUGGUAGGUCAGAGUGACAGGCCCCAUAGACUGAUAUAGGACCAUGCUGGUCAGUCAGAGUGACAGGGCCCAUUGACUGAUAUAGGACCAUGCUGGUAGGUCAGAGUGACAGGGCCCAUAGACUGAUAUAGGACCAUGCUGGUUGGUCAGAGUGACAGGCCCCAUAGACUGAUAUAGGAUCAUGCUGGUUGGUCAGAGUGACAGGGCCCAUAGACUGAUAAAGGACCAUGCUGGUAGGUCAGAGUGACAGGCCCCAUAGACUGAUAUAGGACCAUGCUGGUAGGUCAGAGUGACAGGCCCCAUAGACUGAUAUAGAACCAUGCUGGUAGGUCAGAGUGACAGGCCCCAUAGAUUGAUAUAGGACCAUGCUGGUCAGUCAGAGUGACAGGGCCCAUUGACUGAUAUAGGACCAUGCUGGUAGGUCAGAGUGACAGGGCCCAUAGACUGAUAUAGGACCAUGCUGGUUGGUCAGAGUGACAGGCCCCAUAGACUGAUAUAGGAUCAUGCUGGUCGGUCAGAGUGACAGGGCCCAUAGACUGAUAUAGGACCAUGCUGGUAGGUCAGAGUGACAGGCCCCAUAGACUGAUAUAGGACCAUGCUGGUAGGUCAGAGUGACAGGCCCCAUAGACUGAUAUAGAACCAUGCUGGUAGGUCAGAGUGACAGGCCCCAUAGACUGAUAUAGGACCAUGCUGGUCAGUCAGAGUGACAGGGCCCAUUGACUGAUAUAGGACCAUGCUGGUAGGUCAGAGUGACAGGGCCCAUAGACUGAUAUAGGACCAUGCUGGUUGGUCAGAGUGACAGGCCCCAUAGACUGAUAUAGGAUCAUGCUGGUUGGUCAGAGUGACAGGGCCCAUAGACUGAUAAAGGACCAUGCUGGUAGGUCAGAGUGACAGGCCCCAUAGACUGAUAUAGGACCAUGCUGGUAGGUCAGAGUGACAGGCCCCAUAGACUGAUAUAUGACCAUGCUGGUCAGUCAGAGUGACAGGGCCCAUUGACUGAUAUAGGACCAUGCUGGUAGGUCAGAGUGACAGGGCCCAUAGACUGAUAUAGGACCAUGCUGGUUGGUCAGAGUGACAGGCCCCAUAGACUGAUAUAGGAUCAUGCUGGUCGGUCAGAGUGACAGGGCCCAUAGACUGAUAUAGGACCAUGCUGGUAGGUCAGAGUGACAGGCCCCAUAGACUGAUAUAGGACCAUGCUGGUAGGUCAGAGUGACAGGCCCCAUAGACUGAUAUAGAACCAUGCUGGUAGGUCAGAGUGACAGGCCCCAUAGACUGAUAUAGGACCAUGCUGGUCAGUCAGAGUGACAGGGCCCAUUGACUGAUAUAGGACCAUGCUGGUAGGUCAGAGUGACAGGGCCCAUAGACUGAUAUAGGACCAUGCUGGUUGGUCAGAGUGACAGGCCCCAUAGACUGAUAUAGGAUCAUGUUGGUUGGUCAGAGUGACAGGGCCCAUAGACUGAUAAAGGACCAUGCUGGUAGGUCAGAGUGACAGGCCCCAUAAACUGCCUGGAGCACCAUGACUAGCUACCAUUACAACCAUGACUCAUUACCAUGAUAAGUAAAAUGAACUGCCAUGACUGUCAAGACUCACUACCAAGAUUCAGUUCCAUGACUGUCAAGACUCACUACCAAGAUUCAGUUCCAUGACUGUCAAGACUCACUACCAAGAUUCAGUUCCAUGACUGUCAAGACUCACUACCAAGUUUCAGUUCCAUGACUGUCAAGACUCACUACCAAGAUUCAGUUCCAUGACUGUCAAGACUCACUACCAAGAUUCAGUUCCAUGACUGUCAAGACUCUCUACCAAGAUUCAGUUCCAUGACUGUCAAGACUCACUACCAAGAUUCAGUUCCAUGACUGUCAAGACUCACUACCAAGAUUCAGUUCCAUGACUGUCAAGACUCACUACCAAGAUUCAGUUCCAUGACUGUCAAGACUCACCUCCAUAACAACCAUGACUAUCAUGUCUGACUACCAUGAUUACCCUGAAAACUAAAACUAACUACUAUGAAUAUCAUGUCUGACUACCAUGAUUACCCUGAAAACUAAAACUAAUUACCAUGACUAUCAUGUCUGAGUACCAUGAUUACCCUGAAAACUAAAACUAAUUACCAUGACUAUCAUGUCUGACUACCAUGAUUACCCUGAAAACUAAAACUAACUACUAUGACUAUCAUGUCUGAGUACCAUGAUUACCCUGAAAACUAAAACUAAUUACCAUGACUAUCAUGUCUGACUACCAUGAUUACCCUGAAAACUAGAACUAACUACCAUGACUUCUAAGACAAUCAGUGCUGUUGGUCACUACAGAGGUCACAAGACAGUGCUGAGCUGAGGAUUUGUUUAUUAUGUUCAACAGAGAUCACAAGCAGUGUUGAGGUGAGGAUGUGUCGGUUAUAUUCAACAGGUCAUGAGACAGUGUUGAGGUUAGGAUGUGUUGGUUAUAUUCAACAGGUCAUGAGACAGUGUUGAGGUGAGGAUGUGGUGGUUAUAUUCAACAGGUCAUGAGACAGUGUUGAGGUGAGGAUGUGUUGGUUAUAUUCAACAGAAUGUACAGGUACAGUUCAUUGUUAUACUUUAUAUCCAGAAAUCUUGGAUUUGUCACCUCCUGUUCUGUUUCGUUACUUUUCAUUUAGGCUACAGUAUGAGGCAAGACUGUUCCUAGACCACUUGUUUUCUGAGAAGCUUGUUUUUUACCUGAUUGAGUUGGCGAUAGUGUAAUCUGAAAAUUACACACUGGUUAUGACUUUCUCUCUUCUAGAGUAGCUCUUGGCUGUGGUCUAAAUUGUUGGUUAAAUCCUGGUCGUCAUGUAUCUUCCUGAUCACUGUAUUAUUCAUCUGUCUGUGCUGUGUUUCAUCUUUGUGCCAAAGUGACCCAAUGUAAUGCCCAUGUAUGGAAGUGUUUUUUACCAAAACGAAACAUCACAAAACACAGGAUCUGGGCUCCGGGUGAAGUUUCCCCUAGGUACACGUCUAGGAUCAGCUUCCCCCAGGUACAGAUCUAGGAUCAGCUUCCCCUAGGUACACAUCUAGGAUCAAAUUCCCCCAGGUACAGAUCUAGGAUCAGUUUCCCCUAGGUACACAUCUAGGGUCAAUUUCCCCCAGGUACAGAUCUAAGAUCAACUUCCCCCAGGUACAGAUCUAAGAUCAGCUUCCCCUGGGUACAGAUCUAGGAUUAGUUUUCCUUAGGUACACAUCUAGGGUCAAUUUCCCCCAGGUACAGAUCUAAGAUCAGCUUCCCCCAGGUACAAAUCUAGGAUCAAUUUCCCCCAGGUACAGAUCUGGGAUCAAUUUCCCCCAGUUACAGAUCUAGGAUCAAUUUCCCCCAGGUACAGGUCUGGGAUCAAUUUCCCCCAGGUACAGAUCUAGGAUCAAUUUCCCCCAGGUACAGGUCUAGGAUCAGCUUCCCCGAGGGACAGAUCUAGGAUCUGCUUCCCCUAGGUACAGAUCUACGAUCCGCUUCCCACAGGUACAGAUCUAGGAUCCGCUUCCCACAGGUACAGAUCUAGGAUUAAUUUCUCCCAGGUACAGAUCUAGGAUCAAUUUCCCCCAGAUACAGAUCUAGGAUCAAUUUCCCCCAGUUACAGAUCUAGAAUAAAUUUCCCCAAGGUACAGAUCUAGGAUCAGUUUCUCCUUCCCCAAUGCAUACCCAUGAUGAGCGUCCAGGGGGGACUUCACUCCAGACCAAGGAGCUUCAGCUGUGUGUAGCCUUGGGGGGGAUCCCAACAUUGAUGUGGUCGUACCAUUAAUGAUAUAGGUGUCUGUUCCAAAAAUAUUGCCUAUAAAUGCUAUAUAUUGGUCUAGAAUACAAUGUAAUUUAGGAUGUGUUACUUGUUAAUAAUGUACACUUUUCUACCAGUGAAAUUUCCCUGUGUCAAUUUCAACAAUGCAUUUUAAAUUUUUCAUUAAUAGCAAAGCUACUUGGUACUUCUUUGUUACUUUGAUCCGACGGAAGACAUAGGGGUGACUGAUACAGCAGAGGUCACUUCUCGAUGCUAGAAGCUAAGCUCACUCAUGGUUGUCAGCUCCUAGCCGUGCCUACUCCCCCCCCAUGCCUGCCUCUCUGCCAGUUCUGUUGGCUCCGCGCUGUGGUGGGUCAUCUUUAGGAGGCUGGCCGGCUGGGCGUGUCAUAUGAUCGUGUGCACUGUAAAAUGUAGCCUAUUCUCUUAAAGCAGCCAGUGUACUGUAGGGUGUAUGAUGUGGUCUAAUGUCCCCAAUGGCACCUUGUUCCUUAGGUAGUGCACUUCUUUUGACCGGAAGCCCCUAAGAGCCUUGUUCAAACCUCUGGUAAGAAAUAGUGCACCAUGUUCGAAUAGUGAGCCAUUUGGGACAGGACCUUCUACUGCUUCUGGCUUUCUUUUCUUCACGGCGGCAGGAGGACUGUUUCCUUUGGGCAAGAUGGUGCCUGAAGCUUUUUGCCUUGUGAUGAACAAAUGAACUUGUGUAACAUUGCCUUUUGUAAACACCAUGUCAUUCUGUUGCUGAGAUUUAGGGCAACUUCUUCCUCAUGCAAAAGAAAUGUGCCAGGUCCGCAAACCCCAUUACAAUCUGGCAGUAUGAUUCAAUACGAAACUUUUAGAGUAGGUGACAAAGUGUUGCUGAAAUUGGAAUGAAAUAUAAUCGUCUCAUGAUGGCGCAUUGUUGAAGGAGGUUUUCAGAUUAAGCAACACUGAAAGAUUAUAACUAGGUUUGUGUAUUUAUUCAUUUUUUUUUUUUUGCACUUUGGUAAAUACUUGCUCACUUGUAAAGUUUUGCCCUUAAUAUUGUUGCCUUGUGGUACAGACCUUUUGAGUUUUAGCAGCUGAUAAUCUGGUUCAAGAAGCAUUGAACUCCCCUUGAGCUGAAUCUGAGACAUGCAUCUUAACCUGGAGGGAACCAGGCUAGUUGACAUUUCCAGACAAUUAAAGCAGUGCGCUGAAAUUCAAAUUCUCCACUAUGCCUUCAAUUAGGAAAAUGUAUACUUACAGUAAUUUUGGUUUACUUUCAGAAUUGACUAGAGUUUAAGUGGAAUGAACCAAACCCUGCAGAACACAGCUACAGUAUGGACAUCCACAGUAUGGACAUCCAUGUUGUUAAAUGUGUUAAUGAAUGUGUCAGUUUACCCAAAGAAGGGAUGAAGACAUAAAGCUCAUUAAACCCUGCAAGUUGUAUUUGAAAAGGAAAAAUAUAUGAAAAUAUCUCCACUAUUUUCAAUGUGUCAACAGACACUGAAGAGUUUUCCAAAUGCUUCUUUCAAAUAUUUUUUCUUAUUUUUUCUCUUCUCAAAAUACAUACAUUUAUAUUUAAACAUUUAGGUUAAGUAUAUGACUUACAUGAUUGUAUGUUUAUUGUAAAUACAUUAAAUACUAUUUUUGUUUUUA